AUGCAUACUCUACCAUAUGUUAAUGAGUGCUUGAAAAUCUAUGCUAAUGAGCAAUAUGGAAACUCAGAAAUCAAAGAAUUCAUUAACUAUGUUAAGAGCAAUCCUCUUCAAUAUGCAUUAUGCGAUUUCCUAGACCCAUUCUACCCUAAACAGGUGUGUGAUUUCUACUACUCAUGCUCUGUUGAUUCCAAUGCUCGAACCAUUACAAGAAGCAUUGGAGAUGGUCAAUAUAGGGUUACUAUUGAUGUGGAAUCCUUUCAAACUACUCUUUGUGUUCCUAGUUUUAAAGAUUACUCUGAAGCUCCAUCUGAAGAAAGUUGCAAGUCUGUUCAUGAAAAAUUAGGCUAUAAUUUCAAACUUGAGGGUCUCACUUGUGAUACAUACAAGAACACUCUUCAUUAG